GUUCCGGAGUAGCUAACCCAGCUAACGAGCAACUGUAGCGUUGGUAGCAACUAGAGAGAAGCCCUGUUUGAUUUGAAUGCUGAACUGUACUCAGAACAUACUUUUAUGGGUGUUUAAAGGUCUUCGCACAGUAACCGCCGUCUAAGCGGGGUCUUGGACUUUAAAGGUGUUUGAAUCUUUUGGGUGACCACAGCUAGCACUGGCUUCCACCCUGUGACUCACUAGUCACCAGAGGGGGUCCUCAGAGCAAGGGCCCAAAGCUGUAGCUCCAGGUCCCACUUUGGAGAGAGAGCUUAUACCCAAAUCUACUGGAGACUUUGAGCAUCAAGAUGUCGUCCAUCUUGCCAUUCACCCCUCCUGUGGUGAAGAGGCUCUUGGGCUGGAAGAAGUCGACAAGUGGACCAGGGUUAGCGGGAGGGGGCGAACAGAAUGGGCAAGAGGAGAAAUGGUGCGAGAAAGCUGUGAAAAGCCUGGUGAAGAAACUAAAGAAGACAGGUCAGCUGGAUGAACUGGAGAAAGCUAUCAUCACACAAAACUGCAACACAAAGUGUGUCACCAUCCCGAGCAAUUGCUCUGAAAUAUGGGGACUGAGUACACCAAAUACGAUAGAACAGUGGGAUACGUCAGGCCUAUACAACUACCCUGACCAAACCAGAUCCCUAGAUGGCCGUCAGCAGGUCUCACACAGGAAGGGCCUUCCUCAUGUUAUUUACUGCCGCUUGUGGCGGUGGCCGGACCUUCACAGCCACCAUGAGCUGCGUGCCAUCGAGGCCUGUGAGUAUGCCUUCCACCUGAAGAAGGACGAGGUGUGCAUCAACCCCUACCACUACCAGAGGGUGGAGACCCCAGUGCUGCCUCCUGUUCUUGUGCCAAGACACUCAGAAAUCCUGCCAGAGCUACCACCUCUGGACGACUACACUCAUUCCAUACCUGAAAACACAAACUUCCCUGCAGGAAUCGAACCUCCAAACAACUACAUACCAGAGACGCCUCCACCGGGCUACAUCAGUGAGGAUGGAGAGACCAGCGAUCAGCAGAUGAAUCAAAGUAUGGACACAGGUUCUCCACCAGAACUCUCUCCCAGUGCUCUGUCCCCCGUCAAUCACAGCAUGGACCUGCAGCCGGUGACGUACUCUGAGCCAGCCUUCUGGUGCUCUAUAGCAUACUAUGAGCUCAAUCAACGCGUGGGGGAGACGUUUCAUGCUUCUCAGCCUUCGUUGACAGUUGAUGGAUUCACAGACCCAUCAAACUCUGAGCGGUUUUGCCUCGGCCUGCUGUCUAAUGUUAACAGGAACGCCACUGUGGAGAUGACUCGGCGGCACAUAGGAAGAGGAGUUCGACUUUAUUACAUUGGAGGGGAGGUGUUUGCCGAGUGUUUGAGUGAUAGCGCUAUCUUUGUCCAGAGUCCAAACUGCAACCAGCGGUAUGGCUGGCAUCCAGCGACAGUGUGUAAAAUUCCUCCAGGUUGUAAUUUAAAAAUCUUCAACAACCAGGAAUUUGCAGCCCUACUGGCUCAGUCAGUCAACCAGGGCUUUGAGGCUGUCUACCAGCUCACCAGGAUGUGCACCAUUCGGAUGAGCUUUGUCAAAGGCUGGGGAGCAGAGUAUAGGCGACAAACUGUCACAAGCACUCCAUGCUGGAUCGAGCUGCAUCUGAACGGCCCGCUACAGUGGCUGGACAAAGUUCUCACCCAGAUGGGCUCCCCAUCUGCACGCUGCUCCAGUAUGUCCUAAACCUCAAAGGAAAUGCCCAAAUGCCGCUUAUAGGAGUGAAUUCAGUCUGCAUUGUGCUGCUGCUUCUGUUUGGAUGAAGAACAGUGAAUGAAGUUUGGAUAAGCCAGCCUACUGCCACAGAUCCAUCCGCUCAGUAACCACUCCGAAGAAUCAGCUACUUAACAUCCCCCGUCAGCCUAAAUAUGAAAGCAACAGCAAUAAAGUGAUAAAUCUGCUAACCUUUCCCCUGAAGACAUGAUAAGCUGAUCACAGGUUUUAAAAUGUAGACUACUGUCAAAGAUUUUGACUCAUAUAAGUUUAUUUGGAGUUUAGACAAGAGAUGGGAAUCAGUUGUUAAAAAUGUUGUUUUUGUCACAAUGCUCAAGAAUAAAGAGUUUUUCAGGGCCACUUAGUGCCUACCAUCCAA